AUGUUAACUGUUGCUGGUGAACGAGCAUCUGGUGAUAUUGAAGCAUUUGCUGCCUUCAAGAAUAGAUUCAUGCAAACUAUACUUGUUAAUCAGUAUGAAAAGUGGGAAAUUUACAACGCUGAUGAAUCAGCAUUAUUUGUAAAACUUCUACCGUCACGUUCACUAGCCUUGCACGACAAAGAUAUUGCGGAAGGCAGGAAGGUGAUCAAAAACCGUAUUACGUUUAUGCCUUGCUGCAAUAUCGAUGGGUCAAACAAGCUUCCACUUUUCUUCUUGGGAGUGGCUGCAAAUCCGAGAGAUCUUCCGAAAGACAAAACCUUGCUUCCAGUUUACUAUAGACAUUCGAAAAAGGCUUGGACGAACAGAGCUUUGUUCAACGAGUGGUUUAUUUCAGAGUUCGUGCCUUCAGUAAGAGCGUUUGCCGUGAGGAAUAAUCAUGAACCGCGGGCUCUACUCGUUCUAGUUAAUUGUUUUGCCCAUUUCGAUGGAGGCAGCUCGCUUGAAAGCGACGACGGUAAAAUAAAAGUGCUAUUCUUGCCUCCCAACGUGACAUCCUUGGGGCAACCAAUGGACCAGGGUGUUCUGAAUGCGAUUAAGAAACGUUUCAAAAAGAAACUACUGAUGCACUUAUUGCUCGACUACAAGGACUUGGGUAAUCGUUUAGUGGGAGAUUGCGAUAUUUACGAUGAUAAUGAAAUAAUCAAUUAUAUUAUGAACAAAUCAACUCUUUCUGAUCUCAAUACAGAGUCAAAUUGUUCAGGCGGAAACGACAAUGAACUAAUCGACGAUUCGAUGAAUAAUCAGAGCUGGAUAAUUAUGGAACAUUGUACCGAAGGAGCCGAGAAGCAUGAAAAGGCUAUGGAGUGCAUUGAUUUUCUUAUUGAUUACCUCGAAGAGAAGGACGAAAUACUAGAUGUCACCAAAUUGAGUAACAUAAGAAGCAAAUUUAUUGAAAUGGAGUUUCAAAGAUGA